GCUCCAGGUGGAGAUGGGGGGGGGGGGGUGGAGCGGAGAGAGGAGCGCGGCCGCCUGAUUGACGGUUGCCAUGGAGACGCCGUAGCCCCGCCCUCCCGGCGCGGCGCAGCCAAUGGGCGGGCGCGGCCGGGGCAGCGGUGGGCGGGGCCACAUAGUCUUGCGGCGGGUGCGGGAGUCGCGGCGGGGGGAGCGGCGGAGCGCGGCCGGGAUACAGCAGCGAUCCCGGAUGGUCACUGCGGGGCCGGGGGAAACCUGAUCGGCCAGGGCAGGAGGAGGAGAGAGGAGAGAUAGGAAGGGGGGAGAGGAGGAGAAGGGAACGUGGGGGGGGGGGAGGGAAGGGAAGGGAGGAAGGAAAAAAAAAAAAAAAACACAAGAAAAAAAAAAAAGAAAAAAAAGAGGAAAACAAACCGAAACAUGUCUUCUGCCUCCCCCGCCACGGACGACAUCGUGAUCGCGGUAGAGAUCAAGGAGGAAAAUGUGAUGGAAAUGCUCUCCGAAGCCCCCGACGGGCCCGCGCCGCCGCCCCCUCCCGCCGCUGCCCAGUUCCCCAUGGAGCAUGCAGGCUCCGCUGCCGCCGGCGAGGAGGGAGCCGCGGAACAGGUACUGCUCCAUACGGAACUCCUGGCCAGGAAUCACCACGCUGCCUCCUCUCCCUCCUCUUCAUCUUCCUCCUCCUCCUCCUCCUCCUCGCAGACCCCCUUGGCUUUCUCCCCGGACCACGUCGCCUGCGUGUGCGAGGCGCUGCAGCAAGGUGGGAACCUGGACCGCCUGGCCAGGUUCCUGUGGUCUUUGCCCCCGAGCGAUCUGCUACGUGGCAACGAGAGCCUGAUGAAAGCCCGGGCGCUGGUGGCUUUUCACCAGGGCAUCUACGCCGAGCUCUACAGCAUCCUGGAGAGCCACAACUUCGACUCCUCCAACCACCCGCUGCUGCAGGAGCUCUGGUACAAAGCUCGCUACACCGAGGCGGAGCGAGCCCGGGGCAGACCCUUGGGGGCGGUGGACAAGUACAGGUUGCGGAGGAAAUACCCCCUGCCCAGGACCAUCUGGGACGGCGAGGAGACGGUUUACUGCUUCAAGGAGAAGUCCCGCAACGCGCUGAAGGAGCUCUACAAGCAGAACCGGUACCCCUCGCCCGCCGAGAAGCGCAACCUGGCCAAGAUCACCGGGCUGUCCCUCACCCAGGUCAGCAACUGGUUCAAGAACCGCAGGCAGCGGGACCGCAACCCUUCCGAGACCCAGUCCAAAAGCGAGUCAGAUGGCAACCCUAGCACAGAAGAUGAAUCCAGUAAGGGGCGGGAGGAUUUAUCUCCCCAUCCGCUCUCCAGCUCAUCCGACGGCGUUGCCAGCCUCAGCCUUCCCGGCCACAUGGAGCCUGUCUACAUGCAGCAGCUUGGAAACACUAAAAUAGCCUUGAGCUCGUCCGGUGUCUUGUUGAAUGGGAACCUCAUGCCUGCCAGUACCUCUCCUGUCUUCCUCAAUGGCAGCUCGUUUCUUCAGGGACCCAACAGUGUCAUACUCAAUGGACUCAGCGUGGGCACUUCGCAGACUGUUACUUUAAAUUCGCCCAAAACUGCAGCGAGUGUUGUGAGCAACGGGGUGUCCAUCACUGACAUACUGUCCUCAUCGUCCUCAGAAGAUGUCAAAGACUUCAAACUCCUUCAGGCUUCGGUCCCCAAUGCCACAGCAGCCUUCAGCCCUAGCAACAUCCCAGUGACUUUCCCAGGAUUGAUACCGAGCUCGGAGGUGAAAAGGGAAGGCGUAGAAACUGCUGCUUCCCAGGAUGGAGGCUCCGUAGUUACUUUUACUGCUCCUGUCCAAAUAAACCAGUAUGGCAUUGUCCAGAUCCCCAAUUCAGGAACAAAUGGCCAGCUGCUGAACGGAAGCAUUGGUUUUUCUUCUCUGCAGCUGCCUCCAGUUUCUGUGGCAGCUUCACAAGGUAAUGUUUCAGCAAACCCCAGCACAUCCGAUGGAGGAACUUUUACAACUGAAUCUUCAACAGUGCAGCAAGGAAAGGUUUUCUUCAGCCCCCUCACUCCGAGUGCAGUGGUUUAUACAGUUCCCAAUUCGGGCCAGGCAGUGGGAUCUGUCAAGCAAGAAGGACUGGAAAGAAGCCUGGUGUUUUCUCAGUUGAUGCCAGUCAGUCAGAACACGCAACUGAACGUCAACAUGUCUUCUGAAAAUAUAUCCAGUGCAGGACUCCAGUCCCUGGCCUCCUCCUUAGUGAAUGUAACGCCCUCACAUAAUUUUUCCCUCACACCACCAACUCUUUUAAAUGCUGCAGAACUGAGCUCUGGUAUCUCGGAGAGCCAGGCUAUGUCUUCACCCGUGACCAGUACCUCUACAGUGAUAUCUAUCAGCAACACUAACUAUGCAACCCUUCAGAACUGUCCCCUCAUCACCAGUCAGGAUCUGUUGUCCAUUUCCACAGCGCAGCCCGUGCUUGGAGAAAUAGUUUCGACAAGUGGAGACCGUGUCAGCCACCCCCCUGCACAAGUGCACCAGGAUUUUGGCAGAGAGCACAGGUUGGUUCUGCAAGCUGUACCUGAUGUCAAAGAGAAUUUCUUACCUAAUUCUGAGAGUAAGUCAACUGGUAAUUUAAUGAUGCUGGAUUCCAAAUCUAAGUAUGUUAUGAGUAACAUGGUUGACACGGUAUGUGAAGAACUGGAAACGGACAAAAAAGAACUUGCCAAACUGCAGACAGUUCAGAUGGAUGAAGUUAUGCAAGACUUGUAGCUUCUUUCUUUUCUUGAUUUCUGUUUUAAUAGAUAAGUCUCCUGUUGAGGCCCUAACAAACACCUAGUGGGGUGUUUGUGAGGUUUUUUUUUUGUUUGGUGGGUUUUUUUUUUUCAUUUAAAGAAACCAGAAGAACAUUUAAGUGGUCUGAAUCAAUGUACAGAGGAAUCUCUGGCAAUGGAAUUAGGUUGCCACACUUCGUUUGCAUGCAGUAUUCUCUUUUAAGCAGAUUAAAGGAGAAAGGAAAUGGCCAGGGCAAGUACUGAGGAAUGGGUACAGGUUUGGCUACCAGAUACUACCCUGAAAAUUUCACUAGACUCUCCAUAGUACAACAUAUACAACAUACUCUUAACAGUAAGUAUACACUCCUAGCCUCAGAUGGAAAACAAAAAUCUCACUCCAAAAUGGUAGAAACAAUGCAGACUUUUUUUUUUUUCUGUUUACUUCCAGUCCAUGGGCAUUGAGAGAUUUCUAAGGAACUCUAGACGAUACCUCUCUGGCUACUUUUAUGUUGUUUGAGGUUAAGAAACAAAACAAAAUCAUAAUAUUGUUACUGGUAUGUUUGCUUUUUUUCCAGCAGACUUGCAUUUAAACCAAAAGUCUCACAUCAAUCAUGUACAGGUUUCUGAAUGCUACAGCUAGCAUUUUGUCAGUGCACCAGAAAAAGCAUCGUUUGAAACUCUAAUUAUGCAAUUCAGAAGCUUUCUAUCCAGUAUGAAUGUAAAUAUUGUUUCAGUUCUUAUAAAGGAGACUUUUUUUUUAAUUAGUACAAUGGAUUUUAUUUAUGGUUUAUGUUCCCUUUCACUUUAGACACAAUGCAUUGAAAAGGAAAGCGUUUUCUGGCUGUUUAAUUUAUUUUAUUGUUUGAGCAGGAAGUAAGCGUAGUUAUUUCUGACAAGGUUUUACUUUUUUGUAGUUUUUUUUCAAGCAAUAGACUGUAAAAGUAAAAUGUUAAUCACACUGAAACUAGAAAAUUAAUUCCCAGUCUCACAAACCCAGGAGGUCACUGUUGCUACCCCCUCUGUCUUUGUGUUCAGGGUUUGGUUUUUUUUGUUUGUUUUGUUAGUAAUUUGCGAUUUAGUUGAACCCUUUUGUGUAUUUUUUACAGAAUUCCAUGUGCCUUUCUUCCUAGUGGCCUUAUCUUUGUUACUAAAGCACAGUGGCAGGAGGAAUAAAAACACUGAUUUGCAAAUAUCCGUCCUCAGGGCCAAAUCCUGAUGCCUUACUUCUGCAAGUAGACCCUCUGACUUGGGUGCCCCUGCUUGCACGAGUAAGAAGAGGUUUAAGAGUCUUCUGGACUUGGUGGGGGACAUUUCCUGGUGGUGCAGAGAGCCAAGGAUGGCUCCCUCUGCCCCACAUCAGCAGGACAGGAGGGGUCUGCAGAGGGUUGUGCCGAGGGGAAGCCCUUGGCUCCAUGAGAUGAGCAGGAAAGGUUGGAUGAGCAGGCCAAGGAAAGGAGCCCCGUGUUC